AUGAGGGCUGCUGUUAAACCUGAUGGGGAGGAGUAUUAUGAAUACAUCCUUUGUUAUGUUGAUGACAUACUAUGUAUGUCAAUGAAAGCCAAAGAAGUAAUGGAAGGAAUCGGAAAGUUGUUCAAAUUCAAGAAAAGGAAGAUUGAACUUCCAGAGAGCUAUCUAGGAGCCAGAUUGGACGGAGUCGAUAUGUGGACAAUGUCUAGCUAUGACUACGUUGUGGCAGCCGUCAAGAAUGUUAAGGAGACGUUGAAAGGUAACACCAAGUGGAAACUACCCAAGAACGCGCCAACACCAAUGACAAGCGCUUACGAACCGGAGAUGGAUGGAUCAAGCUAA